AUGGAUAUGGGCACUCAACGAUUUGGUCAUUUUGGAGCUGGCUGGAAACAAACUAAAUGGCAUAGUCACGGAAGAUCAUCUAAAAGGACUACAGCUUUGAGGUUUUUAGCGUUGGACAACACACUUCUUCAGAUAAAGAUCAGCCCGAAUUGGAUUCCUCAAUUCAAGCUACAAGCAAUUAUCUUAGCAUCUUUGCAGCUAGGACCGGCAUUCCCACCAUGGCUUAGAUCACAGACAAGCCUUCAGCUCAUUCACAUUUCAAACGCAAGCAUAACUGAAAUCCCAGAUUGGUUUUGGGUUGCAUUUUCAACUGCAGAGUUUGUGGAUCUGUCAGAUAAUCAGAUAGCCGGGACACUACCAGCAACAUUGGAGUUUAUGGAAGCAGAUACAAUGGUAUUGUUCAAUAACAGAUAUACAGGCACCAUUCCAUCUUCAAUAUGCUCAUUGUCACAGCUGGUUGUGCUAGACCUAUCAGGAAACAAGCUUACAGGAGAAGUUCCAAGUUGUGAAGAGGAUUUAAACACACACAUGCAGAGUCUUAGUGUGGUAAAUUUAAAUACCAACAACCUCUCAGGAGAGUUCCCAAGAGUUUUAAGAAGUAGCCGGUACCUUGUUUUUAUUGAUCUGUCAUAUAACAGAUUCUCUGGAGACCUACCCAUGUGGUUGGGGGUAAAAUUGCCAUACUUGGCACUCUUACGUCUGCGGCACAAUAUGUUUUCUGGCCAAAUUCCUGUUGAAAUUGGAAUGAUUCAAGAGCUACAAUUUUUAGAUCUUGCACAUAACAACUUCUCAGGUAUCAUGCUGGACUCAUUAGUUAACAUGAGUGCAAUGGCCCAUAUUUCUGGAUACAGUUAUGUUCUUGAUAAAGUGAUCACAUAUUUCCAUGGACCCCAUUUGUAUAACUCAGUAUAUGAUUUGAUUUAUUUCACGGAACAAGUAUCAGUUCUUACUAAAGGACAACAACUUGAAUUUUCACGUCAAAUCCCGUACAUGGUGUUUCUUGAUUUGUCAUGCAACAGUCUAGCCGGGGUGAUCCCUCAAGGUAUUGGUGCUCUCAUUGGAUUAAGAGGUCUGAACUUUUCAUGGAACAGCUUAAGUGGUGAAAUCCCAGAGAAUAUUGGUGAGCUCAAGCAAUUGGAGUCUCUUGACCUGUCAAACAAUGAGCUUUCAGGUGAAAUCCCUUCAAGCAUGGCAUCUAUUACCUCUUUAAGCCAUAUAAACCUCUCAUACAACACUCUAUCUGGAAAGAUACCAUUUGGAAAUCAGCUCAGGACUUUCGAUGCAUCUUCUUACAUCGGAAACAUUGGUUUAUGUGGUCUCCCCUUGACUAACAGUUGUCCUGGAAAUGGGUUGAGUCCGCCAGCACAUGCAGAUGACGGGGAUGGAUUGGAGGACAUAUCCAUUUACCUUGGUUUCGCUGUUGGCUUCGUUCUUGGCCUUUGGGUGAUCUUUUGUGUGAUGUUGUUUAAGAGAAAAUGGAGAAUUUCUUAUUUCCUGUUGGUCGAAAGGCUGCAGGACAAGAUUUAUGUGACUGUGGUACUAAGAUGGGCCAAUCUGAAGAGAAAAUUAGUGAAAACCUAAAUAUUGUUAUAUGUUAUGCACAAUAAUUACCAUGUGUCCAGGUAUGUGUUUGCUACAUAACAGUUUUUAAUUGACUGGCUACUAAUACUGUAGUGGUGUGUUAGAAGUUGUGUAUGAGUAUGAGUAUGACUAGGAAUUUAUGGCUCAUAGAGAUUUGGU